AUGCGCAUGCGGAGUCGGAGGGCACUGAAAGGCGCGAAGCAGGAAAAGAAAGCAGCGGAGAAUCCGGGGAGAAGAUCCACAGUCAGGAGGAAAAUGGAUGAUGAAUUUGGAGGAUCUCUGACCCCUCCUGUCUCUCCUUGCGAAAUGGAGAGAAUGGAGACGGACAUGCAAUGCUGCAGACCUCCCUGCUUCUCCUGUACCUUGGGACAGUGCGAUGCAGUGAAACCCUUCUCUCCUCACGGCUAUCUGGCAAGUGGAUCACUAAACCGGUUGCUUCUAAGAUUGGAUCCUUCCCCUACGUGCUUUGGAGCUGACACAGUGGAUAUAUUUGGCUUUCAGUGGGUGACUGAAAUGGCGCUUGUCGAAUCACCACAUCUUCUGUUUGGCUUACUGAGACAACAAAUCAGUCGUUUAGAAGAUUUGGCACAGACUAAUUCCUGUGAUUUUGGGAACAUUACCAGCAUUUGUAGUGAAGCAGAUGACAUCAGACAACAAUGUGUUAACUUCCUCCAAUAUGUCAAAGUAUUUAUUUUCAGAUAUUUGGAGCCUUCCAGAGAACUGAGUGAUAAACCUAUCCAUCCAUACGAAGAACUGGAAAUCCAGCUGCCUUCAGUAUUAGUGGAGGAAUUGCAUGCACUUACCCUGUUCAUUGGCCAUCUCCGUGAACGGCCCAGUAUCAUCCUAGCCAACCUCUCCAUAAGCAACCAAGGCAAGGUCUUUCCACCAUCCUGGCAUUUGGUACAUUUGCAUUUGGACAUUCAGUGGUCACUGCUUGAGAUUUUGCAUAUACUCAGCGAGAAAAUGUUGGGACAAGUAAUCUAUGCACAUCAGUUUAUGAAUCUGACCGGUCAAAACUUGACUAAUGUCAGCCUGUUUGAAGAUCAUUGUAAUAAUCUUUUGCGUGACCUGAUUGUUUUAGCGGUCAACAAGUAUACCAAGGUCAGACCAACUGAUGCACUUAACGUUUGUCAUUACCAGUGCAGCUGCGUGAAGGAACUGUGGUUGCUGCUCAUCCACCUACUUGAUCACCGGAAUAAGACUUCCCAAACCGAGAAUUUCUGGAACUGCUUGAACAGUCAUCUCAGGGAUCUCUUGCAAGAGAAGACAAAUACAGAAGGAGUUCGUCUUUGUGUUUCCAACAUCUGGAAGGAUCCUCGUGGUUUCACUUGGUGGCUGGUUACCCACCUUGCAGUUCUUUACACAUUUGACAGAAAUGGAACCACUCAAGACAAGAAGCUGAUUGAAAGUAACUGGAGUUUGACAGAGGAGCUUCUGAAACUUUCUGUGAAUGCUCAGAGUGGCAUUUUGGAAGAACAUUUACGGAUGCACCUUCAAUGUUGCCUGAUACUUUGUGACCUGUGGUGUACCAAUCUCAAUACAGUUACUAUAUUGUGGGAAUACUACAGUAAAUUCCUGAAUAGCCCCUUCAAUAUUCCGUGGCUUGGCCUUCAAGGGCUGGCCAGUGUGACCAAAUCGCCUUUCGCAAUGCUCGAAAUGACGAGGACCUGCUGCAGCGGUGACCAAAGCUCCAACUUGUACGAGUCACAGAAUAGCUUUCAGCUUUUCCUCAGAAUUUUAGCCCUGCAAAUGACAAAAGGACAGGAAGCAAGUGGAACACACCCAUGGAAACAGCUAAAAGGAAGGAUUUAUUCCAAGUUUCAUCAACGAAAAAUGCAAGAACUCAAGGAGCUGGGCCUUCAGAACUUCCUUAGCCUUUUCCUAGUCCUCGCGGAAGUGGCCGGUCUGGAGGAUGUUGUGAGCCGCGUGUCCGACCUUCUCGACCUUUUAAAGCCCAGUCUGCUCUCCACUGCCCAGCAAUGCUUGAUUUGGAAGGGUUACUUUGCAUUUCUUUUGAUGUACGAAGAGAAAAAUGUCGACGUCAGCUUCCUUGCCACAAAGAUGUCGGCCAAUUUUGAGAAUGUAGCCAAGGAAUUCUACCUGAAGACCACGGACCACACCCGGAAAGCGACCCUUUGGCCAUUGUUAUUGACGUAUAUGGAAUCAGUGCAGGAGGUAUUUGAGACCAGUUCCUUUCUGCACCUUUCAGAGGAGAAGCUGUUGAACGGAGGGUUUGAUCUGCUGUGCCGUGCCUGCAGGGAAGUCGAACUAAGUGCAGCACUUACAUUUCUACAAAUUGUUCUGGCUCGCUUGAGGAGUGUGAACAAGCGCUUGGUCCAGCUCAUUCAGCAGGUUCCCCUGCCUUCUCACAGCCUUCCAGCACCGUUAGUUGCCAAAGAGCGCCACCUAGUGAUCGCCGGUGCUCUCUGGAAGAAUUUCUUCCCCUUCGUGAAGAGCCAAAGACUGUCACAGACACCUUCUUCGCAGACAGCUGACGUGGCUGCAGGUUUUACGCUCUUAGCAAUAGAUAUGCCAAGCACCGCGCCGUCAGAUCUCCAACCACAACCUCUCAUAAGCAUGAUGCAGAUAUUUGGCUGGGAUGAUAUGGUGCACCCCCAGCUGGUGUCUCGAUAUCUCAGUCAUCUCAUUCAAAACAGCUCCUUGGUAGAUGCUCUCAGAAGCCAGGGUUGCAGUUCAUACCAAACGUUUACAAUCCAUUCCUGGUUUCGGUGCAUUUUGCAACAGUAUGUGAGUCAGCCUGCGGAUAAAAUGCAUGCCAACACAAGUGGAGGUGGAAGCAUGGAACAAUUGGCAGGAUUGACAAGGAUAGUAUUCAAGCUGCCAGAGAUGGAAAAUUUACUCAACCAGUCUCAACUUGAUCAGACAGCCACUAAACUGGAGCCAAAAUGCGCUCUACUCAUACUCAUUAAGGCUGUUGGGAAAACUUACAAUCAAUUACAAACCCUAGGAGAAAAAUCUUCCUUAGCCUCAAGGGCCUUGGAAUAUGCGGGUGACAUUCUGAAGUACACCAAGCCAUAUUUAGCGAACAAGGGACCAAGUGAGGGCCUGCAGCUGUUAUACUGGGCUGUCGGCUGCAUUGUCAAGCACUGGGCUCUGAUACUGGCCACUUCAAAGUCUCAACAAUUCUUGUUCCGGAUUAUUGAUCGUCUGUUAUUGCCACAUACGCUGUUUCAGCAGGGAACAGAACUGCCCCCAGCACUGCUAUCGGCCAUUCGAGAUAACUUGCCAUUAUAUCUACAAGGUUUAGCAGCUAUCGUUGGACACACAACAGUUCAGGCUGCUUAUGUUAAGCAGCUGCUCCGAAGUAUAAUUCACAAGUACUUUGAUCGCUUCCUUUCACCAUCUACCACUGGGUCAGGUGUCGUCAGUCACCCCUUAUUAAUAGCACUUCGUGAGUCAACCCCAGUGGCUCGCCAACCGUUGCUGCGGAAAGCUGUUGUUCAGGUCAUCAGUGAAAGCUACCUGCAGUUCAGAAGUCAUGCUCCUCCUCCUCGCUUAGCAGCAGUCUUCUCGUUCCUUCUUGAACUUUUACAAAGAAACCAAAACAGUGAUGCAGCUAGUGAGGCUGAGCUGCUCCUGCCUGCAGUGCUGAAAUGUCUCAUGUUGGUUAACGAACCACAAGUGAAGAAGUUGGCCGCUGAGGUCAUGAAAUGUGUAAUUGAAAAUUGUCAGUCGCUAACUCCAUGUCAAGCUUGCCCACACUUGUCCUCUGUUCUAAGGCAAUUCAUUCAGCAGAAUUUUGGGAUCUACGACCACCAGGUCUUCAAUAUCCUAGAAAUGGUAGUUGUGCUGAAUCAAGAUUUGGUUGUCGGUCUCAUUCCCACACUAAGUCAAACUCUGAAGGACACGGAACAUAAGCAAGGACUGGGAAGAAACAGUUUGCAAAGUAUCACAUCGAAGCUGCACCCUCUCUAACAUGCUGGUAGAGAGAGUUUUAUUUGGGUUUUCUUUAGCGCUGGAAAUGGUUACAUCCCGACAUGCGG